UAGUCUUGGGGUCCUGGGAAAGGGGGCUGGAGGAGUGCCCACAGCCUCCCCCCCAUGAGCUUGGGGCUGGCGGGGGCACAGGAGGUCGAGCUGACACUAGAGACGGUUAUCCAGACACUGGAGAGCAGCGUCCUGUGCCAGGAGAAGGGCUUGGGCACGCGGGACCUGGCCCGGGACGCUCAGACCACCAGCCUGCCUGCCCGCAUCAGGGAGAUUGUCACCCGCAACCUCUCCCGGCCUGAGAGCCCAGGAGGAGAACCAGCUGCUGCAGCAGGAGCUGUCCCGCGUGGAGGACCUGCUGGCCCAGAGCCGUGCCGAGCGCGAUGAGCUCGCCAUUAAGUACAACGCGGUCAGCGAGAGGGUGGGUGCCGCCCAGGUGGUGGGCUAGGCCAGAGCUCCCCUGGUUUGAGGGCAUGGAGGCAUCUAGACCAGGUCCACACACGGGGCAAAAGAUGGGCCCUGGUGUCAGGUUGGCCUGGGCUUGGAUUGAGGCUCUGCCACCUUGAGUGGCAUUGAACAAAUCACUACAUUCUUCAAGCCUGUUUUCCGUAGUGGGGAUUGUAAUGGGACGUGGAGUUGUGUGAAUAAUAGGAAAUAAUAGAAUAAAGUGCCUGGCAUAGGGGCAUUUUGUUCCCAUCUGUCCCAGGCCUGUUAGGGAUGCGGGACACAGAGAACGAGAUCCCUAGAGAUUCCUGCCCCUUGAGUUUCUGGGCAUCUCCCUGUGCUACCGUUGCCACGGGCCUCGGGGCUGAGGUGGUGGCUGGAUGCUGGCUGGAGGCUGGUGUGGCCACCCGCGGUGUUCUGCAGGCCAUCUGGGGCAGCCACAAGACCUGCCGCCACUGCCCAUUGGAAUGGGUUCCAGGCAGGGAAGGAAGGAGAAGCAGGCCUGUCUUCAUGUCCAGGCAGG